AUGGCCUAUGAUCAUAUACCCUUCACUCACACAACGCUUUCGUCCGAAACACACCAUAUUCGCCUUCUCAAAUCCAGACAUACGGCCCCAAACGAACCUUUACGAUUAUCCCUCGAAUCCUGCAAGCUUUCAGAUGACGUCGUAUACAAUGCUCUAUCCUAUGAGUGGGGAAGUAAUACGCCCGACAAAAGAGUUUUCGUCAACGAUCAGCCCUUCCUCAUUCGAGCAAACUUGCAUGAUUUCCUUUGGAUAUUGGCAUCUAGCGAAGUUAGAAAUGCAUUAUUCUUUGCGGAUGCCAUCUGCAUCAACCAAGAAGAUAUUCCCGAGCGAAACAACCAAGUGCAACACAUGAGUGAGCUGUAUCGAAAGGCAGCGAAGGUCCUGAUCUGGCUUGGGCCUGGCUCAGCUGAGUCUGACCUGAUUCUAGAUAUGUGUGUAGAAGGGAAACAAGACGAUAUCGAUUUUCAGGGCUCUACCGGAGAGGCGCUGAAUGCAGUGUAUGAGCGCUCUUACUGGACACGGCUUUGGAUAAUUCAGGAGCUAUCUUUGGCCAGAGAAGGAAUUCUUUUCUGUGGUCUGAAAGCUGUAUCUUGGUCCGAAUUCAGAAGAUUGACAACAUUCGUGAAGGGGGAUUUCGCUCCCGGGGGAUUCACGGGAUGGGAUAUACAGCUUGGCAGUUUGCCGAGGGGCCUUUAUGCACGUGAUAUCCUGGACAAAUUAGAGGAUUUUGGAAAAGAAGAAAAUACCCUGAAAGAUACGAUUGAUGACCUCAUUGUCCAUGGUGGCCUUGCCCAGUGUAUGGACAUUCGUGAUCGUGUCUACGGCCUGCUUGGCCUAGCACGAGUAAAAAAGGAGGAUAAACGGGGUGUUCAAAUCAAGGCAGACUAUUCGGUCACACCUGCAACGCUGUUUUUCCAACUGCUAAGUAACAUGCCAUAUGCCCUUCGCCUAAAACAUGCACUGAAAGUGCUCAACAUACUCGAUUUGCACCAUGCCAAUGAAUCUGAAUGGGAUCUUGAAAAACCAGAUAAAAUUUUGGAUCUCGCCUUCGAAGUUGGACUCACUCACCUUGGGCACGUUCGACACACGGGUUUCGUUCAAUCAGCUACAUGUGAGCCAUGCAUGAGGUGGAACAAGAGGGAUAAUCAUGUUCCAUUUGAGCCAGACGAAGACCAGCAGCGAGUACUUGGAGGCAAGACCAUUACUGAGUUUGUGGUGGGUGACGGACAGCUCAGCUUGGCUGCACAUAAUUGUGGACCCCUGUUGUCCCUCGGUAACUAUAAAAUCUGUAUAAAUGAAGGCAAGCCAGCUAGUGAGGGGGAUGAAAUUUUCCUUUUGGAAGAAUCCAAGAUCGUUUUGAUUCGACACCAAGCAAAUCCCAAUGAUGCAUCGGACAAAACAGCCACAAUUCACGCGAGGGAUCCUAGCAAACAAAAAUGA